UUUACUUCCUUGUUCGUUCUGAAGAUCUCCUAGAUCAAGAUGGAGGUACCCGGAAAGACGCGUGACCCUGACCUUGACACGGGUUCCGCUGACGCUACAAUCUACUGUCAGCCGUGUGGAGAGGGUGGUAAACGCGCUGUGGCCCAGGGCUUCUGUCAGACCUGCGAGGAGUACAUCUGUGCUCCUUGUAUCGAGUACCAUAAGCGAUUGAAAAUCUCCAGGAACCACAUUCUGCUGUCCAAAGACAAGAUGCCGACCUUCUACCCGUCCACUAAACAUUCCGUUAUCGGUGACAUGGAAUAUUGUAAAAACCAUCCGAAAGAAAUGAUCAAGUUUUACUGCCCGACCCACGGCGACCUUGGCUGUGGUGACUGCGUCGUACUCGACCAUCGCAGCUGUAAAGUCGAUUACAUCGCUGAAGUGGCUGAAGAUUUUGUCAUAGGGAACGAAUUCAGAGAGCUGGAACCAACAAUUAAACGAGAAGACGAUAUUCUAUCUGGGUGCAUACGUAAUGUCGAUGAGCUUUUGGAUGAGGUCAAAAACCAGUCUAAAGAUGAGAUCGCCAGAUUGAGGAAGUUUCGUGCAGAAAUAAACAACUACCUGGACCGUCGCGAGAAGGAACUGCUCGACAACUUCCAGAAAGUGAAAACCGAGGAUGAAAACGUGCUGACUGACCUAAAGACUGAUUAUGAGGCAAAGAAAUCGGGACUUGAGGCUUUGAGGACGGAACUGUCUUCCGCUCACGUAUCGGUGAACCAGCGGUACGUUGCAGCGAGGAAAGCCCAGAAGGAGUUACAUGAGAUCAAAGACGAGAUUGAGAAGAAGGCUGGCCUGAUGAUUGCCCGGAAGCUCCGGUUUACUAAGGACUCGAACACGGAGCGUCUUCUGGGAUCGAACAUGGGCAUUGGAACACUGGACGUUGUGGGAGAGUUCCGUAGGGAAAUUCCAGUUCCUGACCUUUCUACUGUGACAUGGAAGAAGGUGGAAGACAUCAACGUGAGAACGUCCCUGGACAAGACUAGCUGCUGCAUCACCGGCUCCGCCCUGCUGUCGCAAGGUGUCUUCCUCCUGAUUGACUGCGAAAACUGCAGUGUCAAACUGGUGGACCUCACGACCCGCACCGUCACCUUCCGCCUCCAACUGCCAUACAAUCCAUGGGACGUGUGUGUGCUCCCUGGUGACCAGGCCGCAGUCACUCUAAUGAGUAAUUCCAUGAUUCAACUUGUGUCGACAACGGGAGGACAGUUGUCUUGUGGAAAAGAAAUUAAAGUGUCAUUUGGGUGUUGUGGUAUUGCGUAUUACAACAACAGAUUAUACGUUUCGAUCGUAUCAGAUCCGCGUAUUGAAGUGAUGACAUUGGAUGGUCAUAUUAUAAGUGCAUUCCAAACAGAUGAUGGAAAAAAGCUUUUCCAAACACCAUAUUUCCUGACUGUAUCAGCUUCCACACCACCGACCUUGUAUGUGUCUGACAGCGAUGCACACACCGUCCACCAGCUAUCUCUAGACGGGAAGGCCCUACGAGAGUACAGUGACAAGAAGCUUAAACAACCCGGUUCCGUGGUGGAUGUAGGUCCGGGUCAGCUGCUCGUGUGUGGGUCGACCAGUCACAACGUGAUUCUGCUGACGGAGGAGGACGGCAAGAUGGCAGAAAUACUGGGAGAGAAGGACGGGCUGACCUCUAACUCCUUUGUGUCCUUUUGUCCUUACAAACGUGCCAUAAUUGUCGGGAUGCCCGAUACUGACUCCUCCCUGUGUGUAUUUAAUGGAAACUGACAGUGUUUUUUCGUCAGUCGAUUUUAUUCUGUCUUUGGUGGAAAAUACCAUGUAUACAAAAAUAUUUGUGCAAUUGAAUAGUAAAUGCAAAAAUAUUUGUGUGAAACAAAAGUGGAAUGCGGUAUCUGUAUCAUGAAUGUUAAAUGACAUGUAAAUAUAUAUAAUAAUGUUAAGCGUAUUUUUCGCAAUGAAAGGUUAACGAAUUAGUGUAAGUUUUGUAUUAUUAACACAUUUAAACUAAGCAUUAUUUUAGGUGUUUUUGUUGUUGAUUUUAAUGUUCAAUAAAUUCAACUAAAUUGUAUGAAAUGAUUGUCAUAUCUAAAAUAUUUUUAGCAAUAUUUUAUGUUCAAGAGUAUAUUAUUUCCUCGUUUAAAGGUUAAAAUAAAGUGUUUCACAAGGUUUAAGAUUAAAAGGAUAAUUUUCGCUUUCCAGUUAUAAACCAGUUUACUAAUUUAAAUGUGUUAAAGCUGACAUUAAUAAAAUACAUUUACAUUGAACGUUAAUGCAGGGAAUUUUUAAAUAAUUAUAAAACAUUUUCAAAUGGGAAUUUCCAAGUAACCAUCCAUUCUCUAAUUGAAAUGCUUACAAUUCGAAAACUUUUUUUUUUCAAAAUUGACAGUCAAAAUGUUUUUUACACUUUCGGAUAGUAUUUCUUAAGAAUUUCAGUUAAAGGUUAUUGCCUUGAUAUUUUUACAAGUUAUGUAUAAAUCUAGUUUUCUUUCGACAAAGUAUGAAAAUGGCCGAAUAUUUUUUUAUACAUUUUAAUUUUGAAAUGUGUAUGAACAAUUCUCAAUCCUAUUAUACAAACUUUUUACCAAAUUUCACUGAUCAUUUAGGAAAAAAUUAAAACUCCUUAUGAAACACAGUUUAACAUUCAUAAUUGCAUGAAUGUGGCCAUGACGUCACAUGUUAUCAAAUUUGCGAUUUACCCGAGUCCAGUGUCACAUUAGGCGUCUCAUUAUUUCUGGGUGAAGAGGUGAUAGGUCGGGGUAUUUCCUUUUUUUACGAAAAUCCAUUUUAUGUAUUGUAUGUUAUAUUACUGUAUUAUGUAACCAGUUUUCUAUAUCAUCCGUGUACUAAUAAAUGUGUUUUAAAACAUUCAAAUUCGUCUUGUUUACAGAACAACUGUCUAACGCGUAUUUAAAUGAUGGAUUUUUGAAAUUUGAAUGUAUUCUGCAGAAAACAACCAGCUUACUGUGAGUUUACUCAUAUGUAGUUUACAAGUGGUAAUAAACAGUUAUUGCAGGUUUAAUUCCAAUGCUGGAUUAUAAGGUACAUGUUCCUGUAUUUGUCUCACCAAAAAGUUAUCUGCAAAUAUGAUAAAAACAAAUUCGAUUUUGAGUAAUCUGUAAAUUACAUACCAGUAGGCGGCAGUAUUUUUCAACAAAUAGUUAAUAAUUCCAUCGACACGAAACUCGCUGACCGUAUUUUUGAGUGAACUGUCUCGCUGAAGUUAAGUCGUAUUACCUACCAAUGUUACUUAAGAGUAAUGCCCCUUUGCCAUGAAAAUAUAAUUAUAAUGACUUAUAUUGAUGUUAUAAUAGAGUAUACUGUCUCAGUCACGUUUAGAUGUGCGAUCAACGGCCUCAGUAAG